GUGUGGGGAUCCAAUCCAAUCCAAUCCAUGAUCCAAUCAGCAAGUACAAGAUGGCGUUUGUUGAUUAUUGAGUCGAACGUCAUUUUCGUGUCCACUUAGUGUGCGUGAAAACGUAACACAGGUUUUUGCAAGGAACGCGACAGCGUAAGAAGACAUCAUAAUGCCCGAAAAAGAAGGUGGGGAGGUCUACACCAACCCCAUAGCCCCUCCGGGACUAAAUGUUCCUUCCUCGGAAAGUCACCACCACCCCAUGACAAACGAUGACUUCCGAAAGCUUAUUAUGACACCGCGGGCACCUCCGCAAGCUACCCCAACACCUGCUAAAGAAGAGACCUACAGCAAGCCAACAGUCGAAGAUGAUGACAAGGGGGACAUGCGCCGCAAGAAAAAAAAAUUCUACGCCACCCUCAAGAAGCAGGAGGAAGACAAGCUUGCCGAGCUUGCUGAAAAAUACAGAGAUAGAGCACGCGAGAGAAGAGAGGGUGCUAACCCUGAUUACCAAAAUGAAGACCCUCUCUCGUCAACAGCAGGCUACAGGGCAGUUGCUCCGGAUGCAAAGUCUGGUCUGGAUGCGGCCGAGCGACGUCGUCAGAUGAUCCAGGAGUCCAAGUUCUUGGGUGGUGACAUGGAGCACACUCACUUGGUGAAGGGUCUCGACUAUGCCCUGCUGCAGAAGGUUCGGAGUGAGAUCACAAACAAGGAAAAAGAAGACGAGGAGUUGGAGGAGACACUGGAGCGACACACCGAUGAACCUCAAGAAGAAGAGAUUCAUUUCAAGACUGUUCUCGGCCGCAACAUCUACCGCCAGGUGUUUCGGCCCCGGAUCAUGGAGCGCAACGACCUGUUCCUGCCCAACCGGAUGGCCUACGUCAUUGAGCUGGAGGACGAGUACGCCGAGAGUGACAUCCCAACCACCCUGAUCCGCAGCAAGAAGGAUUGCCCCAACCUGGAGAGCCACACCACACUGACGACCAACGACAUAGUGAUCAACAAGCUGACCCAGAUCCUGUCGUACCUGCGUCAAGGACUCCACAACCGCAAGGGGAAAAAGAACAAGGACAAAGGAAAGCCACAGGAGAAGCUGCCCGCCAAGCCAGCAGACGACAGCAUCUUCGGCGAAAUAGGUGACUACGUACCCGCGGCCAGCGCCGAGCGGUCGAGCAAGCACCGGGAACACAGUCGCCGUGACGGGGACCACCGGGAUCGUGAGAGGGACCGGGACCGAGACCACGACCGAGACCACGAUCGGGACCGCAAGCGGUCCUCGUACUUCGAGAAGCCCAGCCUGGAGGAUGAGCGGGACCGCGGGUUUCGUUCCCACCGCGGCCACGACUCCCGGUGGUCCAGCGCCGAUACCGCCAGCGCGGUGGCUGCCGCAGUGGCGGCCGUGCCGGCGCAGAUGCGGGACGAUGGCAGCCGGCUAAAGGCCAAGCUCACCAGCAAGCUGGAGCGAGACCUUCCCGAAAGCUACGCCGAGUGUUACCCCGGCGCUCCUGAAAACGAAGAUGCCGUAGCAGACAGUGACGACGAGGUUGAUUACACCAAGAUGGAUCUUGGAAACAAGAAGGGACCCAUCGGGCGGUGGGACUUCGACACGCAGGAGGAGUACAGCGAGUACAUGAGCCACAAGGAAGCCCUUCCAAAGGCUGCUUUCCAGUACGGAGUAAAGAUGGCAGACGGACGCAAGACCCGCCGCGCCGUCGGGAAGAAAGACGACAAGGCCAAGCUUGACCGGGAGCUUCAGAAGAUCAACCAGAUCAUUGCACGUCGAAAAGCCGAAGGGGGAGAGAGCUACAUGGGAUUGGGAACUCCAGAAUACAAGAGACCCAAGUACUGAAGGCAUCGCACUAAUGCGGAUAUCCUUUCAUCGUACACUGUCACUUAGCGUGAAUUAUACUCUCUAUAAUCAGACAUUAAAGUUGUGUGCUG